UUGCACUGCUCUAUUGCAUAAGUUAUCGUGCAUUUCGUUGCGGAUUCCUCUUUCCUUAUUGCUUUAGUGUGAUUAUUUCUUGAAGUUAUGAAGAUUUGGAGUUCUGAACACGUUUUCCACCAUCCGUGGGAGACAGUCACUCAGGCUGCGUGGAGGAAGUAUCCCAAUCCCAUGAACCCUAGCGUUAUUGGGAUUGAUGUCCUCGAUAGGAAGGUAGAUGAUAAGGGCCGCCUUCACAGCAGGAGGUUGCUUACAACAGAGUGGGGUCUUCCAGGCUGGGUCAGAUCGUUGGUUGGUCUUGAGCCUACAUGCUAUGGAUCGGAGUAUUCCAUUGUAGACCCCAAGACGAAAACAUUCACUGCCAAGUCUGCCAAUAUUUCAUUGCAAAGCUAUGUUUCUAUUGAUGAGAAGCUAGUUUACAAGCCACAUCCUACCAUUGAGAAUGCGACACUAUUAACCCAGGAGGCUACGGUUACAGUGAAAGGAUUAGGAUUGGCUGGGCAGCUGGAGAAGAUGGUUACCAGUACUAUCUCAUCAAACGCAAACAAGGGUCGGGAAGCGAUGGAAUGGGUCAUUGGUACUAUCAACAGGGAGAUGACUGAGCUGGCAUCCACAGCCAAGAAAGGUAUCGAAGAUCUAACCAGUGGUAUAGAGACCAUAGAUUUUGAUUGACAAAGGCUUGAUUCCUGAUGUAGCUAGUAUUAUUUAUGAGUCUGACAUCUGUUUUGACAUACAGUCACAAGUCCACCAGUAGAUAGAGAGGGCGCUAGUUGCUUGGACUUGUCUCAAUAUAUUGCUUCUUCAGCCUUAAACCAAAGGGAUAUUAUCUUUGUGUGUGUUUAAUAGUGUGAAACCCUUUUGGUAUAAGGCUGGAAAAAUUGUCUUCCAUUAUUAUGAAGAUAAGACAUAAUUAUAUUGCAGUGUUGUUAACUGCUGUUCGAUCAGUACUGUACUUAGCUUAAGGAACCAUUACGAAGCAGUAGUAUUUGAAAGUGACAAGCCAUUGGAUAACAGAUAGAGAAUGGGAGCUCCUGCAUAGAGACUCUUCAAGUCAUGAGUUGAUUGCAGUCUAUAGACCUUAUGCAUAUGAUGUAAUCAUUUUGUAGCGCCCUCCCUCAGAGGAUAUAAGAAUAUGCAUAAAUGUAUUUGUCAGAGAUGUGCCAGCUGCAAAUCACCAAUGCAUGCAAUGCAAUGGCUUCAUUCUCUAAGAUGGCAGGGCAUUGACAUCAAUGCAUAAAGACUAUUGCUUUGUAAGUGGACCAAGCUUCUAAUCGAUCUACAUAUAAUUAUCUCAUUCUUUCUUCCACUGUAUAUGUAGAGAGUGUUAGUGGGAAUAAGGUGACUUAUGUCUGACAGAGCAAUAUCUCCUAGCUUUGUACUUAAGGAUAGAAAAUCCGUUUCUUUGACAGUCAUGAAGCUCUGGCCUUAGACAUUGCCCUAUGACAAUAUCAUUUUCAAAAUGCAGACAAAGUCUGUGUCAACUUCUGAAUAGAUUCUAACAUCAAACAGCAUAAUGGUAGCUAUUGUAUCUCUAAGAUACGUGGUUAUGUUGCGUAACUAGGGAUAUGAAAGGAUCAUUUAUUUCUAUGACAGAAUGUACAAAAGGGGUCACGGAAAUGCUAGUGGCUACUGCGCAAAACUCACUUUUUCCUUUGGUGUAGAGACACAGAAUGAAUGCAAGUUAAGAUACCUCUUGCAUUGUUCGAUAUUGUUCGAUGAAGAAACUUUUUUGUCAUUUCCCCGAUUCCAAACCUGAUUGAUCUGAGUGGUACAUUGCUGUUAUACCACUGUAAUACAGGUAAUGGGAUUGAUAUUGGCAGCCAUUUUAACUGUACUAUAAAGUGAGAAUGAGAAAAAAUGUGCAAGGGAGACAAGAAAUUGACCUCUGGGGAAUAUUUCAUGAACAGUUAUUUUGAUGGACUUGUUAAAAGCUACCAAAAUCGGAUUGUCUCAGAGCACAUUUGUAAGUAAAAACCAGACUGUUUGCAUCAUGAAACACUCCCUUGUUGACAGGUGGCCUUAAUAGAAAGGUUUCUUUAGUAGCACAUGCUGUAAUAAAGAAGUGCAUUCAAGAGGGAAACUGAUAAAUGGAAUUGUGAUGAAAGCAAGUAUAGCUGUAAUUAUCACCAAAGCAAGUAUAGAUGUUGGUAUUCAGUUCUAGUUGGUACCUUGGUCUGGAACAUAACUACACCUGUAAGCUUGCCAUUUUAACUGUCUAAAAGCAUAGUACAAGUUUCAGUUCACUGGGUUCAUGCUGCCUUUUAAGAGUAUUGUAGUGAGUUAACAAACAUAGGUGGUAGAGUCGAUUUGUUGAGAACUUUUGGAUGGAAUGUUUUAUGAAGUUCUAUCAAAAGAAUGUAGUAGCUGUUAACAAAGGAAUGAAGCUUAUUAAGAAAGAUAUGGUGGGAUAUGUAUUAUUCAAUUGGUAAAAUGAAGAGAUUAACCUGUCAGCCCAAAGUAAAGACUCGUUGAUUUGCUUGUUUAGUAUUUGACUGCUACUUGAAUUUAUCAACAGUCUGCUUUGUGUUCAUGGCAUACAAAGUUAUUGGUAUAGAUCAGUGCAAUAUACAGCAUUCACAAGUACCUAUUACCAAUGUCACUGCCUUUCCAAUAUCCUGUUGAAAGACAUUAUUUUAGGAAAUUCCAUGUCAUCACAAACAGGUGAUAUGUCAGGCAUUGUUAGUAAAGUUUUGGCAAGCUCAGUGUCUUACAUUGCUUCACUUCACUGAUUUUGUAUGCCAUGAACACAAAUCAGACUAUAGUGCAUCAAGCAGUGAACAUGCAAAUCAAAUGUCUCUAUUUGGUGGACUUGUGAUGGAUGUUUCAUACUACAUGUACAUAUAUACAGAUAGAGAAUUAUAUUUAUUUGUGGUAAAAAAAUAAAAAAGGACCAAAAAAGGACAAAAUAUGUAAAAAAAAAACAAACAUAAAAACGGAGAUAGAUGAAGGGUUAAUUGGUAUUAUUUCAAAGUGUGUGGAUGAUUGCUUAAUUCUGGAAUAAUUUAUAGCCCUGAUAAUCUUUUAUUGAUGUGGUAAAUUGAGGGUGUAGCUUGCAAAUCUAGUUUGAGAGAUUCAUUUGGCCUUUAAUAUCAAACCUGCCACUUGGUGAAAUUUUAUGUAUGUGCGUUGCAUGAUGUACAUGUAUAACAGCAUAUCAUCACUGGGUGUUGAAAAGCUGUAUCUCAAUAAUUUGAGUCCUGAGAGCUAUGACAUGAGUACCAAUUCUCUUUUGCCUGCAUGUAGAAUCUUCUCUCUUUACAUGAAUUAGGAAACUGUUUUCAGACAAUACAUGUAUAUGGAUUUGCCAUGAUUUCCAUAUUUUUUACUGCAUUUUCUAAGCUGUUCUCAUUUUUUUUUUUAAUUUGAGAUAAAACGUUUUUACAUCCCAGCAAUGAUAUGCUUUAUCAAUUUUUUUUUAUGUACUCUUAGAAAAGUGAUGAUUUUUUUUAAUCAUGUCAUUAUGUCAUCCAUACAAUCCAGGAAAACAUGUCUUUUAAUCCCCCCUCUCCUCAAAAAAAAGAAAGAAAUAGGGACCUGUGAUGUUAAUGUGCCUUUAUUUCUGAAAUUGGGUGUGAUGUGGGGAUAAAAAGUCAUAAUGCAAAUAUGCAAUUUUAGUUCUACUGCUAUCUUGUGACAUUUGUUUACUUCCAUUGCAUUUUAAUGAAUUUAUUCUUGUAGUUUGGAUUAUGUCAUGUUUGCAAGUUCACUCAAAAAAAGGUGUGAUUUUUUUUUUGAAGGAAGCUGAAGCAUCUUGGCAAUAAAAAUUUAUAAUACUUUUUAAAAAAUGUAAUGUAAUUUUCUUUUUAUUUUUUUCUCACAAACUUGUGAAUUUAUCUAGGUUUACUUAAAAAAAUAUUAGAAGUGACAAGAACAUUCCAGCAAAGCUGUUUUGUGAGGUGUAUAUUAGAAUGUAUACAAUUAAUGUUGUGAUUAUAUAUAUUUUUAAAGCUUGUGUCCUGUUAACACAUGUGUCAAAGGUGGAGGGAAAUUUUAUUGUGUCCCUAAUGAGA